CAUCGUGCCGUUCGGGUUUGUAGUGUUUUGAUCGUUCGUGUGUACGGUUUGGUUGUUUAAUUUUAAAUACUCGCGGCGCACAGGCAACGAACUCAAGAUCCGUUUUGUCGAUCCAAUUUUAGUUUAUUUGCUUUUGAUGACUGAGUGAAAAAAGGCGUUAUGAGUUUAGCAGCAGCCGUUGAUAUGGCCACAAAUAACACCAACUGGCAGACAGAGGAUCGUGGCGACAUGGAAAAAUUGUUGGCCAUGUUAGUUCUGGGGUUUGGUAGCCUUUUUUCUGGAAUGUUGCCUGCUAUAAUAUCAGCACAUAAUCGACUGCGAUUUCCACUAAUAACCUCGCUGCUGCUAUGCUACGGUGCAGGCAUUUUGCUAGCGACAGCAUUGGUGCAUAUUUUGCCAGAGGUGCGCGAGCAAAUGAACUCAAAGUUUGCAGAAGUUGCCAUGUGUGGCGGUUUUUUCAUAAUUUAUUUCAUUGACGAGUUCAUACACUACUUUUUUGGCGAGGCCAUACAGCAUACGCAUGCACCCACCUCUGCAGCAGGUAGCUCGAACCCAAACCAUGCAUAUGGUGCAAUUGAUGAGCGCUCACCUUUAAUAGGCGCAGAUUCAAUGUCAACUUCGACGCACCAUCAUCACAACGAAAACGGUCACGAUCAAAUUAAUCACCAUCACAAUUAUGCCCCCGUUUCCGGCUGUGACGAUGCCAGCGUGGAGGAUGCAAAUGCCCGCAUUUGCCAUACCAGCCAUACGGAACCCUGUGCGCAAUCCAUGACCGGCACAUUGGGGCUCUUUGUGGCGCUCUCUUUACACUCGGCCAUUGAGGGUUUGGCUAUCGGUGUACAAAACUCGGCCAGCAAGGUGCUCUUUCUGCUCGGCGCUGUUGCGUGUCACAAAUUUGUGAUGGGCUUCUGUCUGGGUCUGGAAUUAUGCUCAUAUCCACGCGCGAGCUUUCGUUCACACUUCAUUGGCAUUUUGGUGUUUGCCCUGGGUGCCGUGUGCGGCAUUGGUGUGGGCAUGCUUAUCGUUGAUAUUCCCGCCGCCUGGUCCAAAACUACGCUGCCCAUAAUACAAGCACUGGCCGGCGGUACUCUCUUCUAUGUGACUGUCUGUGAAGUGAUACCGCGCGAGAAGGCGCGCUGGCACACUAAUUCGACUCGUCGCUGGGCGGGAUUCGCGCAAUUCGCAACAGUCAUUGCUGGUUUUGCGACUAUGUGCAUCAUUAACUUUUAUCUCGCUGAUGACUGAGAAUCUCCAUGGGCGAUGCCCUGUUUUCAACACGUAUCUAUAGCACAAAUGUUCUAAAUGUAAUUGUUGUCUUUUUUUAAUGUAUUAUUAAGUGUCUUAGACCAGAAAUGAUUUUUUACAAAAAAGUGCUCUUUUUAUAAUAUAAUCGGUUUUAACAUUCUUGUGAGUCUGUGAUUAUUGCUUAGCUGCAAAAUAAAAUAAACACCAAUA